AUGUCCAAUCAAACGAGUGACUCGGUGCCGGAUCCGUCCAUGAGCACAACACCAUCCACAACGGUGCCGACCACAACCGUGGUGAAGAAUCUUGCCAAUUUCACUGUUCGUUCACCAACUACCGUCGAUCGUGAAUCAUUAAUUCAUAUUAUACAAAAAUACAAUAAUGCAUUGGAGAAUAAACCGCACAAAAAGGUGUUACUUACUUUGUACAUUGUGAUUGUGGUUUCCGGUAUAUUUAUCAACGUCCUACUUGUUCAUACCAUACACAAACUUCGUAAUCCCAAGUCUCUCUCCAACCGACGUAUGAUGAUUACCCGAGUAAUUUGUGACCUAGCUCUUGUCCUGUUCGUGGUUCCGCACAGUGCUUACACAGCCGUCUAUCCAAACUGGCUGCUAGGCAGUGCCAUGUGCAAAAUAUCCGCAUUCACUAUGCUUUUUAUUGUGGCUUUGAGCAAUUUCUUGUUGGUCGCGAUUUGUUUGAAUCGUAGUGUGGCAAUCAGCCAGAAUGACAAAAGUCCGACAGACCCGACCACAAAUGUACCGUGUCGUGUCAAAUUCUUGCUUUGCGCGGCCGUACUUUCCGCGUUCUCGAUUGCGUUACCCGGGGCCAUGGUGAUAAAGGAGGAUCUUCUCACGUACAAACUGGAACCGUGGAUUCAACGGCACAAUCUGUCGCAUAUUUUGCCAAAAAUUUGCAAGGAAACCUGGAGUCGUGAAGCUCAAGUGACCUACGAUGUUGUCCUGAUUGUGGCAAUCUAUUUGCUGCCGCUAUUUGUCGUCUGCCUGAGUCAGCAUGUAGUAACUCUGCACUUGAAACAGUCUCAACGUCUUCUCGUCCUGAUGGGACAUCAGCACACUCUAGCCUGGACUCGACGAAGGCAACGCUUGACACGUCUGUGUGUCCUCAUGGCUGCCCUGUUCGUUCUCUCCUGGUCCCCGACGCAUGUAUGCAACUUGUUAAACAAAGCGUUUCAUGUACAGCAUCCCUCUAUUGAAAUAUUGUUAGAUUUUUCCAUGGUCCUGGCUAUGUCCAAUGCCGUGACCGGACCGAUUCUUCUGAUCGCAACCUGUUCCGUCUACCAUCGAUACGUGAUGCGUGUCUUGGCCCGGCUGUCUUGUCAAAAGCGUGACAGACGGGGUAUCCCAGGUGCAAAUACCACCUCUAUUCGUUCUUCGCUAACAUUGUACACUCCUGGAUCAAAUAGACAUGAACAGGCAAAAAACGAAAUCUGCAAACUCCGCGUGGAUUCUUCUAAUGCCAGUUACUAUUUGAAGGUUUGUCAUCAGUUAUAA